AUAGUCAUCUUCGAUGCAUUCCGCGUCAACUAGAUCCGAACUCGAGCAAAUCUGUUCCGUCUGUCUAUUGAGCGUAGUUUUUCUUUCUUUGGUGAUCGGAAAAUAUCGGUCUUGUUCAUCUUCUUUUCCUUUGUAAUGCUAUAGGCCAGUCCACUAUCCUCAUCCGACGUGAUCUUGUUCCGCCUCACGUUGAUGGAUUCCCUGCUGGAUUCUUUUGGCAUGGGCACUGCAUUGCCGCGUCUCGACCGCACUACUGUCUGGUGUAUCUUCUUGUGUUCGUUGAUUUCCUUCCACAUGUACGCUAGUCUCUAUUCUUCAUCUGUCGCAGAUUGCCAGACCGUUACCAGUCGAUUUCGUCUGUUGUCUCCUUCGCCUCUACUUGAGAAACGAGGAUUUUCUGUAUCUUUACAUCUAAAUCUGGAUAUUGCACGAUUGUUCUUUCGGGACGUAGGGAGACUUCAAUUCCGGAGUCUAAACGAAGCCCGAGGCGACACAAUCCGAAAUCCUGACUGCAUAUGAGAACAGGGAACAAUGUCGAAAUUAAGACAAAAAUCUCUGUACGGGUGGUUCAAAAGCACAAAUACUGUUGCUUUAUGUAUAAGUCACUAUACCCAUACAUCAAUG